AUGUACGAUCAAAUGAAGGGAUAUUCUCAUAUGGAAGGACAAAGAUACGAUAUGCUUGGAGUUCAGGGUAUGCAUAGUAGUGACAUGUUCGGAAGUACUGCUGUCACUGGCAGUAGUUCAUACUCUCAGAUGUCACAGUUACGACCACCAGUUCAUUCGCAAGCAAUGCUAAUACCAGGGCAUCCGCAUCAUAUGAUGAUGGGACACGGAGCCCACGGCAUGAGUCCCAUGUCGAUGGGAUCUGCUCAAAGUCCUCCAUUACAUGGCAGCUUGGACAGUAUGGGUGCACACAUUCAGGAUAUUCAUGCUGGAUAA